UCAGUUCCAUUCGGCUUCAAUAGAUACAUGUUUGUCUCUUCUUUUUGUCUUGAAUUAGUUUUUCUAAAUUUUGACUUAAAUUAAAUAAAUUUAUUUUAUGCUAUUCUGUUUGUAGUAAUGAUAUUUAUAACAGAUUUUAUUAUGACAUUAAAUUAGAAUUUUUGUGGUACAUAUGACUAAAGCGGCAUUACUUUAAGUAUCUAUCAUAAAAUGUUUCCCACAAAUCACAAAACAAUAUUUGUUUUGGAUCAUACUCCUUACUUUGGUAUAUCUUCGGAUUAUCCUAUAGACUUUGAUAGUUCGAAGAGCAGGGGUCCUGGUUAUGUACCUUUACCGCCUAUUUGCAAAUCGUUAUGGACGUGUAGCGUGGAAGCUGCUGUUGAGUAUUGUCGGAUAGUUUGGGAUUUGUUUCCUGAAGGAAAAUUGGUACGUUUUGUUGUUAGCGAUUCAGCAGCACAUAUAUUAAAUACUUGGGCUAUAUCACAGCAAAAUUUAACACAUAUACUGAACGGCCUUUGUUUGGUUGGUCCAGUGCGGCGAGGUGCUGGUGGUGAUGUGGUUGGACUAUGUGCUGCUAUAGAAGCUCUUGGUGAACCUUCGCCCACGCAAGCUUCAAGGCCUUCUACUGAGCGCCAUUUUCAAAAUAGGGGUCGCAUUAUAUGUAUUACUAGUGCAAGAGAUGACGACUCUAUCAGAAGUUUAGCAGAAAUAGCAUUAAACACAUUGCUACAACAAAAUAAGAAAGCAUCUUUGGCACAAACGACAACUAAUGCAGAUGCUGGAAAUGCUGUACAACCACUACUGGUACAUUACUGUCAUCUUGUAAUUAUAAAUGUAACACCAGAAAAAGCAGAAACGAGAGUUAACAAACAACCACUUACUGAGAUGGGCGGGGGACAAAUGGGCGUAGAGGUAAUAGUGUCUCGGGCGAGCCAAUUAGCUAACCUGCUUGGUCGGUUGGUGUUGCCACAUUACAGGCUAGCUACAACCACAGUCACUGGCAUUCCUAUGAAGGAAGAACAAAAUGCAAGUUCUAGUGCCAACUACGAUGUGGAAAUUAUACAUUCGGCGGAAGCCCACGCUGGACUCAGAGCUGCACAAACAGCUGCUGAAGCUUUAGAAUCAGUGGUGCUCCGAUGGUGGACGCCGCGGGGCGCGGAGGGCGGCGCGGGAAGCUGUAGCGGCCCUCUGUGGCGAGUAACACCGGCGGACGUCGCUAGUCGCCCUUCUGCCUGCCUUGUUAAUUUCCUUCUUAAUGGACGUUCAGUUACGCUCGAAGUGCCCAGGAAAGGUGGCGGUCGGUCAGCGUCGCAUGUACUGGCAGCGCAGGGCGGCGAACUAUGGAUCGGUGCAUUGGGCGGUCGCACGCCCUACGAUGACCCGCCCGCGCUCUCCGAAGGCGCCGGCGGACGAGUUACUGAUUACAGGAUAAAAGAAUUUGGUGCCCUAAUGCAGCAGAAUAGAUUGAACCCACUACGAGGCAGCGGUGCGAACGGACGGGCGAGGGCUCGUCUGCAACGGCACACGACGUACUGGCCUCUGACAAUAUCAUCUACACUCAUAUUUAAUUUGGGAUCUGUUAUGGAACCAUUAACCAGAUUAGUCGUACAAGAAUCCCUGACAGACGAUGAAGUAGAUACCUGUCGCAAUGUCCUGCUGUCAUUGCUUGGAAUGGAGUCACGACACGAAUUUCCCGCCACACAGUUGCCUUCCAACGUGAGGGGCAAGUCGAGCACCCGCCGCGAGGAACAGUGGAGGCAAGUGUGGAGCGAAUUGGAAGCGCUUGUACGGGCACAUUCCGCGUCGCCUGCGCACCGUGCCUUGCUACGGGUGCUACUCGACUGCCGCGCACACAACAACCACAGUACAGACAGUGAAUCUCGUGCAACUGUGAUAAGGGCAACAACAGACUCUCCUCUUUCACCAGUGGGUGCAGGCAAUGGAGCUUCUAGUAGUACAGGUGACGUUUGGGCUCCUAGAAAUGUCCUAGAUGCCCUUCUAGGCGCCCCACGACCCCCCAGAAGACCCGACUUUGCCGGAAGAAUGGCCGCCGGCAACAGAAUCGCUACUCUAUAUCCACAUUUACAACAAGACGUCGAAACGACACAUUAAUUUUAUAUAAAUAAGUGAUAUAAAUAAAUAGAUAUGUUUUAUAAAUAUACUUUUAAUCCAUCAACUCUUAUUAACAAUAAGUUUGUA